AUGUAUAAGAAACAUGAUAGUAGCGGUUCCACUGAACUUGCUACAAUAGCUGGAGAUUGGACCUUAUAUGGUUCAUACAAAGUUCCAGUCAUAUCACUGGUUCGAGUAAACCGUAUAAUUUACAGAGGUUUCUUCUUCUCACACAUGGGCUGGCUCCUUGUCCGUAAACACCCUGAAGUGAAACGUAGAGGUGCACGGCUGGAUCUGAGCGAUUUGUAUGCAGAUGAAAUUCUGAUGUUUCAGCGAAAGCACUAUAAACUACUCGCCCUGCUGUGUUGCUUCCUGAUCCCCACGGCUGUACCCGUGUAUUUCUGGCGCGAGUCUGCACUCGUCGCCUUCCUAACUGCUGCAGUGUUCAGAUAUUGUUUCUGUCUACAUGAAACGUGGCUGAUCAAUUCAGCAGCUCAUAAGUUUGGUUUCAAGCCGUACGAGGAACAAAUCACUCCAACGGACUCAUUUUGGUUGGCUGUGCUAGCUGCUGGUGAAGGUGGUCACAACUAUCAUCACGUAUUCCCACAAGAUUACCGUACCUCAGAGUAUUCGUUUGUUCAUAAUAUCACCAAAGUGGUCAUUGAUUGGAUGGCCUCCGCUGGGCUCGUAUACGACCGUAAGGUCGUCUCUGAAGAGGUCAGCCUAUUCAUUCAAUCGUUCAAUAUCUAUUACUCGUUAAUCGUCACUGCUUUGGUCGGUAAUGUUUUGACCGUUGAUUCAGCGAUCUCAAAGUAG